UCUGCGUAUUGCAAUCGCAGACUAACAAUCCGUAGCUCACGAAUUUAUUUUUGUCUUCAACUUCAGAUUUCACAGCCAACAAGGCUUCUGAGCGUUCUAUUUCCAUUCUAAUAUUAGCCCUGCAAUCUUUGUUUUUCGUUUGAAAACGUCGAAAUAGUUUACCGUCCAGUGAUAACGAACAUGUAAAAGAUAAAACCAAAGGCAGUGUAGAUUAGUAUGAUAAACGCUCCCGUGUGAAGACGCGCUUCUAGUAAUAUCCAUACAUUGUUUUGUGUAUAAGAAUCGAUAUGUUUGUGUUUAUAUUAACUAUUUCAGGAGUUAUAUCACUGGUGUCUUCAGAAAGCUGCAUCUAUCGACGAUGCUUAGGUUGUCAUCCUCAGGAAACAGUUUGGGAAGGGUCCUCGGUAGAAUGCAACCCAUCCAACUGGGUGUCAGCACAAUGGGUGCACAAUCUUGGGCAUCCUCCACCGUCUACGGGUUCAAUUAUACCUAUAGAAAUGCGAUGCUUAAAAAUGAUAGCAACACCGGAUGAUAAGUCCUUUGGAAAUACAGUGGACACAAUACGAGGAUGUGUGCCAAAAGCACAAGUAGACUCAGUCUGCAACGCACUCGUCGCAGUAGAACGAGCUCGAGGGCACAGUGACGCUCGCUGUUUUAUUUGUUACGGCGAUAACUGUAACUUUGCGAAGAAAGACCAAGCGCCUAUAAAUAUCCUAUUAGUGUCAGCGGUUUUAUACUUUAUCCUAAGGUGAAUUUCCGUCCUGUUAAUAGCUAUUUUCUUAACAUUAUCCGAUUUCCAGAACUUGGGUUGAUAAUUUUCGUAGGUGAGCGACAAACUCUGUAUUCUGUAAACACAAACGUAUGUCUGUAGACCCGGGAUCCUUAUAAUUGUAACCAAGCAAAACCGCAGCCUGUAGUAUUUCAACUCACGGUAAAUAGGCGAACUUUAGUCGGUUUAACUUUAAAAUACGUUCGUUGCAAACGAAUUGAAUUAUACUAAAAAUUUAUUUAGAGCAUCAAAAAGAUUGGUUAACGAAAAGGGAUGCCUGAGUAUAAAGAGAAACCUACAUAAUGAGUGAUUUAACAGGACCGUUGUUGUAUGCAUUUAGCAAGUUGCAGCGAUAACAACGGGUCUAUUUUUUAUACAGUAGCUUUUAUGUCGCCCACCUAGAAUCAAUUUCCUAAUUUUGUACUUUGUAAUUGCGGGUCUUAGAAUAAAAGAAGAAAAUACAAAAACUCGUGUUAACUUUAAUAAAAAUAUGAACUACAAAAGUGAAUAUACUGUGUUAAUAAAAACAUUCGUUAAGCA